AAAUUUACAGAAAAAUGAAAGAAGAAAUGAGUCACAGAUUGCACGUUUAUAAAUUAUAACGAUGCAUAGGGUCGUAUAUAUAUAAUAGUUGCUUUUUGAUUUGAAGGGAUAAUAAUCAAAUUUUAGUAUUAAUUCAUGGCGUCUAAAAAUGAAGGUGCUAAACCUCCUUCUCAUGCGUUUCUCAGUAUCUGCAAGUCUCUUGUCGCCGGUGGUGUCGCCGGUGGAGUGUCACGAACAGCUGUGGCUCCUCUAGAAAGAUUGAAGAUUCUGCUGCAGGUUCAAAAUCGUCACAAUGUAAAAUAUAAUGGAACAGUUCAAGGGUUAAAAUAUAUAUGGAAAACUGAGGGUUUUAGGGGAAUGUUUAAAGGAAAUGGAACCAAUUGCGCACGUAUUAUCCCUAAUUCAGCAGUGAAGUUUUUUAGCUAUGAGCAAGCAUCUAAGGGUAUUUUAAAUCUCUACCGGUUGCAAACUGGAAAUGAAGAAGCUCAACUCUCUCCACUUCUGCGUCUUGGAGCUGGGGCAUGUGCAGGAAUCAUUGCAAUGUCUGCAACUUACCCUAUGGACCUGGUGCGAGGACGCCUAACUGUACAGACAGAAGCAUCUCCUCGUCAAUACAGAGGAAUUUUUAAUGCUCUUUCAACAGUCUUCCGGGAAGAAGGCGCUAGAGCAUUGUAUAAAGGAUGGUUACCUUCAGUCAUAGGAGUUAUACCGUACGUGGGUCUAAAUUUUUCUGUAUAUGAAUCUCUAAAAGACUGGUUGAUUAAAACAAAACCACUUGGAAUAGCUAAAGACUCAGAGCUAAGCGUGACGACAAGGCUUGCAUGUGGGGCUGCUGCUGGAACUAUUGGCCAGACAGUGGCAUACCCUCUUGAUGUCAUUCGCAGAAGAAUGCAGAUGGUGGGAUGGAAAGGUGCUGCUUCGGUUGUUGCUGGUGAUGGGAAGGGAAAUGCUGAGUAUACUGGCAUGGUUGAUGCAUUCAGGAAAACAGUAAAGUAUGAAGGAUUUGGAGCUUUAUACAAGGGCUUAGUCCCCAAUUCUGUGAAGGUUGUCCCUUCCAUAGCCAUUGCCUUCGUGACAUACGAGAUGGUAAAGGAUGUUCUUGGAGUUGAAAUAAGAAUAUCUGACUGAAGAAUUAGCAACCUUGAAGCUACUGUCUGAAGCUAAGAUUUGGCGUGUGAAAACAUUUUUCUAACUUUAUUAAAUUGUAAAAUGCUAUAGUAUUGCUUCCAUUUUUUAGAAAAAAAAUGCAUACAAAGAAACAUUGAAGAUAGAUUUACAUUAUUUCACUGAUCUUAUGUAAAUAAUCCAAAAUUAAGUAGCAAUCCUAAUCAAAGGCGAUGGUUUUUGGGAUUA